AUGUUUUGGGUUUUAGGGGCCGGGGACCGAGCCGGCAGGGCGGCUGCAGCUGGUCUGCUGGUGCUGCGGCGGCGGCCGCGGCGGCGGCCGGUGAAAGCGUCCUGGGGCAAGAACGCCACAGGCGCGCGGCGCGGCGCCGCCGCUGCCUCGUCGGCGGGGCCCGGCGGUGGCGCCGCCGCCAUCCCUUUCGGCGCCGGCCCUUCCGGCCAACCCGGCUUUGGCGCCGCGGGCGCAGCGACGGCGGCGACGGCCGGCAUCGCCGUCGGCCCCGCGGGCGCGAGCGCGGGCACGGGCGGCGCCGCGGGGGCGGUGUACCGGCUCGUGUCGCCCGGCCCCGCAGGCGGCCGCCCCGGCGGCGGCGCGGCGCAGAUGGUUCAGCAGGCGGCGCUCAUGCACCCCGGGUUGGGGGGCGGCGGGGCGCAGAUGGUUCAGCACCUGCAGGCGGGGCCGCAGGUGGCGCGGCUGGUUCAGGCGCCGCUCGGCGGGGCGCUGGCGGGCGUGCAGGGCGGCGGCGUGGGGCUGGCGGGGCCGUCCGAGGUUCUGAUGGCUGGCGGAUACAUGACUGGACAGAUCGUCGGCGGCGCCACAAUAAUGGGAGCCCCCGGCCAGGCGAUGAUGUCACAGCCCGUCAUGUACAUUGGGGCAGGCCCCCAGGGCGGCCCCGGGGCGGCGGCGGUCAUGCACCACCACCACCAGCAGCAGCAGCAGCAGCAACAGCAGCAGCAGCAGGGCUAUCUGCCGGCAGAGGAGGCGCUUUACUACACAACGAGCCCUGCGGGGCCCGCCAUAUUCUACACCGGGCCCCA